AUGUCUGAAACCGACCAAGGCCAAUUCAAGCAGGGCUUCUCGAUCCCCGUCGCUCACCAGAAGCCUCCGGGUCUCCAGACUGACAUGAAGGGUCCUGAUGCCAUCAACGAGCACCUCCCCACCGGCGAUGGUGGCUUCCAGAAGUACAAGGCCGCCGGCAAGCUCGAGGGCAAGAAGGCCGUCAUCACCGGAGGCGACUCUGGUAUUGGCCGCGCCAUCGCCAUCCUGUACGCCAUGGAGGGCGCCGACAGCUUGAUCGCCUACCUCGAGGUCGAGGAGAAGGACGCCCAAAUCACAAAGCAGAAGGUCGAGGCAUACGGCCGCAAGUGCCACUUGCUCCAGGUCGACCUCAAGAAGAAGGAGGACUGCAAGAAGGUUGUCGACACCGCUCUCGAGAAGAUGGGUGCCAUCAACAUUCUUGUCAACAACGCCGCCUACCAGAACAUGGUUGAGGACAUCAAGGAUCUCACCGAGGAGCAGUGGGAGUUCACCUUCAACACCAACAUCCACCCCUUCUUCUACAUGGCCAAGUACGCUCUGCCUCACAUGCACCCUGGCGACAGCAUCAUCAACAACGCUUCCAUCAAUGCAUACAUCGGUCGUCCCGAUCUCCUUGACUACACAUCAACAAAGGGCGCCAUCAUCUCCUUUACCCGUGGUCUGCACAACCAGUACGUCGGCCGCGGCAUCCGUGUCAACGCUGUUGCUCCCGGUCCCGUCUGGACUCCUCUGAUUCCUGCCACCAUGAACGAGAAGGCUCAGAGCGAAUUCACCAGCCCCAUCGGCCGCCCCUCGCAGCCUUCUGAGAUUGCUACUUGCUUUGUCUUCCUGGCUUCGCCCGACAGCUCCUCCAUUGCUGGACAGACUCUCCACCCCAACGGAGGUGUCGUUGUCAGCGGUUAA